GCCGAACUCAGCCGAGCCUCCAACGAGCUGACCCGAGUAAUUCCAAAUCCAGCCGAGCCCCCAACGAGCUGACCCGAGUGAUUCCGAAUCCAGCCGAGCUGCCAACGAACCGAGAGCAACCGAACCUAGACGAGUCGCCACGAAGCACCGCCGAGCAGGACCGAGCACAGCCGAACCUAGCCGAGCCCAUACCGAACCGAGCCGCGCGAAACCGAACACAGCCGAGCCCCUACCGACCCAACCCGAACUCGCACCGAGCCGAGAGCAGCCGAACUCAACCGAGCGACUCCGAGCGCACCCGAGUGGCCCCGAAUCCAGCUGAGGGGUUUUGGCCAUGACGGAGGUGACCAAGCGCAUCCUGGUGACAGGAGGCACUGGCCUGGUGGGCAGAGCCAUCGAGAAGGUGGUGGCCGAUGGAGAGGGGCAGCCGGACGAGGAGUGGAUCUUUGUGUCCUCCCGGGACGCCGACUUGACGAGCAGCUCCGAGACCAAAGCCCUGUUUGAGAGGCACAAGCCCACCCACGUCAUCCACCUGGCCGCCAUGGUCGGAGGCCUCUUCAAAAACAUCCGCUCCAACCUGGAUUUUUGGAGGACAAACAUCCACAUCAACGACAACGUCCUGCACUGUGCCCACGAGUCAGGGGUGCAGAAGGUGGUCUCCUGCCUCUCCACCUGCAUCUUCCCAGACAAGACCACCUAUCCCAUCGAUGAGACCAUGAUCCACAACGGGCCACCUCACAGCUCCAACUUUGGCUACUCCUACGCCAAGAGGAUGAUUGAUGUCCAAAAUAGGGGUUAUUCCGAGCAGCAUGGCCGACGCUUCACCGCCGUCAUUCCCACCAAUGUCUUCGGGCCACACGACAACUUCAACAUCGAGGACGGCCACGUCCUGCCAGGGCUCAUCCACAAGGUCUACCUGGCCAAACAAUCCGGCUCUGCUCUGACCGUCUGGGGAACAGGCAAGCCCAGGAGACAGUUCAUCUAUUCCCUGGACCUGGCUCGACUUUUCAUUUGGGUGCUGCGGGAAUAUGAUGAGGUGGAACCAAUCAUUUUGUCAGUGGGAGAAGAAGAUGAAGUCUCCAUCCGGGAAGCAGCAGAGGCCAUCGCAGAGGCCAUGGAAUUCAGGGGAGAGCUCGUUUUUGACACCACCAAGUCCGACGGGCAGUUCAAGAAGACGGCCAGCAAUGCCAAGCUCCGGCAGUACCUGCCCGAAUUCCAGUUCACACCUUUCAGGAAAGCCGUGAAGGAAACCUGUGCCUGGUUCAAUGCCAACUAUGCCAACGCCAGGAAGUGACAGCACCGGGACCGCCUGGCACCGGGAUCAUCCUCUUCAACUCAGGGUUGUCCUUUGCUGGGGCAGAGGACGGGGCUGGGGGGGUGACAGUGACAUUUCCAAAGUAAAAAUGGGAGCGCGGGGAGCAGCUCCCACAUUCCUGCCCCACUGCUGGGAGUGGCGCAGGACGCCCAGGGCAGGGGGGAGGGAAGUUGGGGCAUCCCAAAAAGAUCCCAAAUCAAGUGGUAGGAGCCAACUGGAGCCAUCGCCGUGGCUGUGUCCAAGAGGGUGGUGGCUCUGAGCUGUUAAUGAGCUACAUUAAUUACCUGCAAUUAGGUGUAAUAAAGGGAAGGCAAUCAGGAAUCCAGGGCAUGGAAAUGGCAGCAAGGAAUUUGCUGCUGCUCUUGGCACAUGGGGAUGAUCCUACAGCCCCCUAUCUCAGGAUAGGAAUGGGAAAGACUCCAGCUGUAAUUGUGGCAUUUAUUAAAAUAUAUGCAAAUAGCAUAAAA